GGGGUAGGAAGGGCCAUGGGGGACUUGUUUAUGCUCAGGGUGGCUGUGGGCAUAUGCUAUGCAACUUUCAGUGCCUCUGCCUGGUCAGUGAACAAUUUCCUGAUAACAGGUCCCAAGGCCUAUCUAACCUACACCACCAGUGUGGCCCUGGGUGCCCAGAGUGGCAUUGAGGAGUGUAAGUUCCAAUUUGCUUGGGAACGCUGGAACUGCCCUGAAAAUGCUCUCCAGCUUUCCACCCACAACAGGCUGAGAAGUGCCACCAGGGAGACUUCCUUCAUUCAUGCUAUCAGCUCUGCUGGAGUCAUGUAUACCAUCACCAAGAACUGUAGCAUGGGCGACUUUGAAAACUGUGGCUGUGAUGAGUCAAAAAAUGGAAAAACAGGAGGCCAUGGCUGGAUCUGGGGAGGCUGCAGCGACGAUGUAGAGUUUGGGGAAAGAAUCUCCAAACUCUUCGUGGACAGCCUGGAGAAGGGGAAGGAUGCCAGAGCCCUGAUGAAUCUUCAUAACAACAGGGCAGGCAGGCUGGCAGUGAGAGCCACCAUGAAAAGGACUUGCAAAUGUCAUGGCAUCUCGGGGAGCUGUAGCAUCCAGACAUGCUGGCUGCAGCUGGCUAACUUCCGGGAGAUGGGCAACUACCUAAAGGCCAAGUAUGACCGGGCACUGAAAAUUGAGAUGGAUAAGCGGCGGCUAAGGGCUGGGAACAGUGCCGAGGGCCACUGGGCACCCACUGAGGCCUUCCUUCCUAGUGCAGAAGCUGAGCUGAUCUUUUUAGAGGAAUCACCUGAUUACUGUACCCGCAAUUCCAGCUUGGGCAUCUAUGGCACAGAGGGUCGGGAGUGUCUGCAGAACAGCCACAAUACAUCCAGGUGGGAGCAAUGCAGCUGCGGGCGCUUGUGUACAGAGUGUGGCCUGCAGGUGGAAGAGAAGAGAACUGAGGCUAUAAGCAGCUGUAACUGCAAAUUCCAGUGGUGCUGCACGGUCAAGUGUGAGCAGUGUAGGUAUGUGGUGAGCAAGUACUACUGCACACGCUCCCCAGACAGUGCUUGGUCCCAGGGCAAGGGCAGCACACGAUAG